AUGGCUGAAGUGCAAGGCUUUUGUGAUCCGCCUUCGACUCUGUGCGUGAUGUUAUACGACAAAGACUUGCCGAAGGCAAUGAAGUGGGCGUUUCUCUUUGUGUCAACAUUAAUGGAAAAAGAUGUUCUGGACCUUAGGGGUGGUUAUGCAGAUGCAAGCCAGACCGAAUUAAAACCAUGGGGCAAAGACACGAUUACUGGAGUAUGGUCAACCACCAAGAUUGUUACCAGCCUGGCGGCUCUUAUUCUCGUUGAUCGUGGCUUAUUGGAUAUAGAUGAGAAUGUGGCGACCUAUUGGCCUGAAUUUGCGGCGAAUGUCUCACAGAUUCUUAGCCAUUCUUCUGGUGUUAUGACCCUGGAGAGGAAGCUUACUCCCAAAGGGAUGGAAGAAAGGGAGGCAUCGGUCCUGAAACUGGCUGAGGAACUGCAAAGCCUGGAUAGAACCGCCGCAAGGCUUGCAGACCAACCUCCUAGGUAUAUUCUGGGGGUUCCAGAGCGCACACAUGGCUUCCAUUUAUGGACAUCUGGUAGGCGAGCCUGUGUGACGUAUUACUCGAAAAUCGUUGAGUCAGGGCUGACUUCCAGCUUGGUCUGCCUGAGGCAGGAAUGGGCCCGAACUGCUGAUAUUAUUCCGUUCCCAUUGAAUAAAAUGGUUCCUCUUACUGCUGUUGAUCCCACUAGCAUUUUGGGUCGGGUACUUCAAGGGUCUUUGGUGUACCCUAUCAUUCCAAAUAAACCUGUAUUCAGAAAGUCUGAGAAUGGCGCUAUGGGUGGAUUCUCAAAUGCACGUGCCUUAGCACGUAUUGGAUCGUUGGUCUCACUGGAUGGUACUGUCGACGGAAAACAGUACCUUCCUCUCAACCCUCGACGAAUCAAUGACAGAGCGAAUGAGAGGUUUUGA